AUGCUAAAGCUGGGGCCCAGUGGGUCGCUCCUGCUGCUGCUCUCCAGGGUCCUGGUGGAGACAUGGGCAGGCUUCCACUCCCUAAAGAUUUUCUACACCGCGAGGUCCCGGCCCAGCGACGGGGAGCCCCUAGUCACCUCCGUGGGCUACGUGGACGACACGCAGUUCGGGCGGUUCGACAGCGACUCUCCGAAUCAGACCGUGGAGCUGCGGGCGCCCUGGGAGGGGGAGGUGGGACAGAAGGAUCUGGACGAGGAGACGCAGAACCAGAGGCGCACGGCGCAGAGGCUCAGAGCGCUGCUGCAGGACCUGCGCGGCCGCUACAACCAGAGCCCGGACGGAUCUCACACCAUCCAGAGGAAAUGGGGCUGCGAUGUGGGGACCGACGGGCGCUUCCUCCGCGGAUACGAGCAGUUCGCCUAUGACGGCGCCGAUUACAUCGCCCUGACCCUGGACCUGCGCUCCUGGACCCCCGCGGACCCGGUGGCCCAGAUCACCCAGUGCCAGUGGGAGGCGUCGGGGAGGGCGGAGCAAGUGAAGAAACUCCUGGAGGAAAGGUGUGUGCACUGGCUGCUCAGAUUCCUGGACAUGAGGAAUCAGACUCUGCAGCGCGCAGAUCCUCCAAAGACACAGAUGACCCACCACCCCACCUCUGACUAUGAGGUCACCCUGAGGUGCUGGGCCCUGGGCUUCUACCCUGCGGAGAUCACCCUGACCUGGCAGCGAGAUGGGGAGAACCUGACCCAGAACAUGGAGCUGGUGGACACCAGGCCUGGGGGGGAUGGAACCUUCCAGAAGUGGGCGGCUGUGGUGGUGCAUUCUGGAGAGGAGCAGAGAUACACAUGCCAUGUGCAGCAUGUGGGGCUUCCGGAGCCCCGAGUCCUGAGAUGGGAGCCCCCUCUUCAGUCCUCCACCCCCACUGGGGGCCUCAUUGCUGGCCUGGUUCUCCUUGGAGCUGUGCUCACUGGGGCUGCGGUGGCUGCAGCUGUGAUGUAGAGGAAGAAGCACUCAGG